AUGAAAUAUUCUGCUUGGGUGGCAGCGUUCUGGAGUUGCGUCGAUGAGACUUCGCUGUCAUCGCAAUUUAAAAUGUUGCGGCUGGAAGGUUGUUUGGAAGGUGAAGCAGCCGCUACGGUGAGAGGUUUAGGCUAUUCGUGGGAGGCUUAUAAAGCAGCAAAAGCGAGAUUGAAUCGAAAGUAUGGAGGAAACCGACGACAGGUUCAGGCGCAUAUUGAUGAGUUGAGAAGGAUGAAACCUUUGAAGGCUGAGAACCCUCGAGAGUUGGAAAGAUUUGCUGACCUAGUGGAAAGGAGAGUGGAUACUUUAAAGGAAAACAAACACACCUCAGACCUUGAAGGCGGAACUUUGUAUGCUAUUGUGUUGGAAAAAAUUCCCCAAUCUUUGCUUAGCCAGUACUACAGAUGGGUUAAAGAAAAGGGAAAGCUGGAGUCUUUUGAGGAAUUGCGGGAGUGGGUCGCUGAAGAAGCAGAAUACCAAAUUCAAGCAUCAGAGGUAAAGAAUGGUGUUUCCAGUGCAAGUGGUAAGAAUGUCAAAUGGCCUCGGUUGUAUUUCGGGACUGGAGAUAAAUGUGACCGCCCUUGCAAGGUGUGCAACCAGAAACAUCCAAUUUGGAAGUGCGAGGUGUUCAAAGGAAUGGAAAAUGAAAAGAAGUGGGAGACAGCGAAGAAGCUAGGCCUUUGUUAUCGUUGCUCAGGAAAAGGGCACCUGGGUGAGGGAUGUCGUUGGAGUGAGGAGUGCGGUGUGGAUGGGUGCAAGGAGCAUCAACACCAGAUACUUCAUCGAAGCAAAAGUCUGCCAGGUCCCAUGGAGGGGAAUAUUGAUUCUUACAAUACAUCUAAUGCCUAUUGGAAUGAGUCUAUGACGUAUGAAACAGUAAAGGAAGGACGUACGAAAACAGUAAAGGACGUAUGA